AUGUUUAUUAAUUCUUCCCCUCAUUCAUCAUUAAAUCGAAAUGAUUUUCCUCGACAAUGGACACCACCAAAUUCUUCAAUCCAUCAAAAUUCUCCACCAAUAACGGCAUGGCCAUUGAGGCAAUUAACUUUUGGAAAAGACUCUGCCGCAUCUUUUGGUGGAAAUAUUAAAAAUAAUGAAAAAGAAGAAGGAAAGAGAAUUUUAAAUGAUAAUUUUCCACAAUUUUUCGACUCUCCCGCUUCUACUUCUUCUAAAAAUUCAACACAAUUCCAUCAUAAUCAUCAACAGACACAUAAUAAUAGCUCUAUUAUGGGAGGAGGGCAUUUAUUUCAUCAUCAAAGAAACUUUAUAAUUCCAAAUUAUUCAAUUCCUCCUCCAUCCUUCUCAAAUUAUCAACAAUCAAAUUCUUUUCUUAAUCCGUCAGAAUUCUACUCCAUAAUUCUACAACAGAAUUUUCUGGCCCAACAAUUACGUUUAACAUCUUCACUUUUUAAUAAUAAUUUUUGUGGACGAGAUAAUAAUAAUUUGGAAUCAACAUCUUCAAUUAAUAAUAAUCAACAAAAUCCAUUUAUAAGUAUUUUUGAAAAAGAACAACAAAAACAACAAAAUAAUGGAAGAAGAGUUAAAUUUAAAUUGAAAAAUUCAAAAAGAAAAACUGAAAAAAUAAUUAAUAAUUUUACAUCAAUGGAUAAUCAAAAUAAAUUUGGAAAUGGUAAAAUUAAUAAUGAAAAUGGAAAAGAAGAAAUAUUUAAUUUUGCUUUAAAAGGAGAACCAACAACAUCAAAAUCCCUUAACAAUAACACUACUAAUUACCGACAAUUUGAAUGCCAUCAAUGCGGAAAAAGUUUUAAAAGAUCAAGCACUUUAUCUACACAUUUAUUAAUUCAUAGUGAUACAAGACCCUAUCCUUGUGAAUAUUGUGGAAAACGUUUUCAUCAAAAAUCAGACAUGAAAAAACAUACAUAUAUACAUACUGGUGAAAAGCCCCAUAAAUGUGCUGUUUGUGGGAAAGCAUUCUCUCAAUCUUCUAAUUUAAUUACACAUACUCGAAAACAUUCGGGAUAUAAACCUUUCUCCUGUGAUUGUUGUGAAAAAACAUUUCAAAGAAAAGUAAAAACGAAUAAAUUUUUUUAUAAAAAAUAUUUGAAGGUUGAUCGUCGUCGACAUAUGGAAACACAUCAUUCAACAUAUUUAAAAAGAACAACAAUACCUUUAAUAGAAACUAAUAGUUGUGGUAGUAUUAGACAAAAUGAAUCAAGAAAAAAUAUUACAAAAUCUCCAAAAAUUGAAUUAAUUAAUAAUUUAAACAAGGAAAUUAAUAAUUCUGAAGGUAUUUAA